AUGGCAGCGAAAUGUGCAAGAAACAUUAUUAGAACUUGUUCCAUUUCUACAUAUUACGAAAUACUCGGUGUCUCAAAGAAUGCGACACAAGCAGAAAUUAAAGCAGCUUAUUAUGAAAGAUCAAAAAAAUUACAUCCAGACAAGAAGGACUGCUCAAAUGAUCACCAGGAACUAAAACGACAAAAUGAUGCAUUUGUCGAACUAACUACAGCAUACGAAAUUUUGAAAGUCCCAGAACGGCGACAGUCAUAUGACAUCUCUUUGAAUAGCAACAGAUCAUUUGCAGGUUGCAUAGAACAGUCAAGCUUCGAUGGACUUUUCUCUCAUUCUCAAUGUAGAAAUAGGAAAAAAUCAGCGGACCUGAUAGCAAUGUACCAUGGUUUCUGGAAGAAUUUUGGUGUUUUUGGCGACUGUUUAAGAUUUUUGACGCAAUCUUUGUUUGUCGCAGUAGUCAUCGUCGCAAUAUUGCUUCAGUUUUCGAACUAA